UGCUGGACACACUGGAGCCCCCUCACCUCCAUCUCCUCCUCUGGCCCAGGCCCUCCUCCCUGCCACCACAGCCCUGCAGCCCCCUGCCACCCAGACCUGAGCGGCUCCUUCCUCCACUUACUGAGGCAGCAGCUGAAGUAAUCUUGCUGCAUUUUGUGUUUCCAAUCUGUGUCAGGCGAAAAAUAGAAAUGUGAAUGUUGGCUCAAGAGGGACCUUGAUAAGGGGCUAAAAAGAGGAAGCUGGCAAUGCAAGUACAUUGUAUUACAACAGCUAUAAUUACUUUAUGCUGCUAAUUGCUUUUUAUUGCUAUUUUUAUAAUGAACUAUUUAGCUAUUAAGAUAAGGUUAACCUUUCUAGGAUUUAUUUUUCAUGAUGUUUUAAUCAAUUAUUACAAUUUUAUAUCCGAUAUUAAAUAACCAUAAGGUUAGCUGUCCAUUUUUAAAUCCCCUAUUGCUCAGCAUAAGUUUACCCAACCUUUUGGUCUCAUGAUUUUAUAGCGUAAAUCUAGUAUACAAAAAAAUAAUGCUUAUGCAAGGCCUGCAGCGUGUCUGGUAUGUAUGUGAUGAAUUCUGCAUAUUGGCUGUUUCUGUUUGAAUGCGAUGGGAAUUCUGUGACUUCCAGGAGCCAAAGCAUUGAAAAACAAGUCUACAAAGAAGCUACAGAACUGAUGUAUGAAAGAAGCUUGCAAAACCAGUCUAAGAACUUCAAAGGCUGAAGAGGGCAGAACACAGAGCAAGAAGGAAUCACCCUACAAUCGCAACCUGCCAACAGGGCCGAAGGGAUGAUCUUUGUCUGACUUCGCGGGAUCCACAGACCUGUAUGAAGAAGUAUGAUUGUAGAAAUGGGUGAGAACAACAAAGCUUCAGAUUUGUCUGCCUGCAAAGAGGAGUGUCAGGUGUGUCCAAAAAGACCUGACUCCAUCCCUUGUGGUCAGUCUGGCUGGCCGCCAAACUACUCCCAGCAACUUGAGACUUGGUAACACCUUCACCUUACUCACGGGCACCGGGAGGACGGUCUGUGUGUUUGUUUCUUUCGUACGAAUGUAUGAAUGAACAGUACGCCCUGUGUGUAGAACACCAUCCAAGGGGCUCCUCGCCCGGGAAGGCAGAGGAAGCUGCUGUGUUUCCUGCCUUUGGAAACAGGGUCUGUAUCGGUCACAGUGAGUGUGAAGGUGGAGGAGGGGACCUCAGACAGGAUGCAGCCCACCAGGGCACUGCUGCAGCCUGGUGAUUCCUGGCCAGAGCAGCUAUGGGCCCAACCUCCAGAUGUGUCUCUGAAGAAGGUGGCACAGAGGGACAGCCUAGGGCCUUGGGACCAGCCACCCCAUGGCCUCACAAAGGACUCCACGCCCAACCCGGAGUCAGAUGAGAGGCCAGGUACAGGGGCCCUGGGCAGAGCUCAUCAGCAGCCUCCUGAAGAAGGGCCUGCAAACCUGGAGCUGCCGAGGACUUCCCCAGGGAGGCUGGGGGAGAGGGGCACCCUGAGACCUGAGCAGGGCCAGCUGCAGAAGGGGCAGGGCAGGCUGGCAAGGCAGGGGGAGAGCAUGGAGCUCCGUGAGGCCUUUGAGGACGUGGCUGUGUACUUCACGCGGGAGGAGUGGGAACUCCUGGAGGAUGCACAGAAGGGGCUGUACCGGGACCAGAUGCUGACAAACUGCCGAGCUCUCGUUUCCCUGGGAUAUCGAGGUCCCAUGCCUGACUUAAUUCUCUGCAUGCAGCGAGGACAGGAGGAGCUCUGGGUCAGUGAUGAGAAGGACCAUGGGGACAUCUCUAGAUUGGAGGACCUGUCACCAGGAGGCGCCUGGCUGCUGAGCAGACCUGAGGAGCACAGUCCUAAGGCAGGGCCAGCAAAUCUGGAGCCAGCCCAGACUUCUCUAGGGAGUUUGGGUGAGAUGGAGUCUCUGACAUCUGUGGAAGAACAAUGGCUCAAGAGCCAGGGAUGGCCCCAAAAGCACAUGGAGAAUAAAGCAGGGAAGCAGGCUCCAUCUCUCCUUGGGUGUGAAAGUGGAGAAGGGAGCGAAGCCAGAGGGAGCCCUCGGCACAGGGAAGAAUUUGUGGAGCUGAAGAGCCAUGAGGGAAAGCUCUACCAGAGGGACACCCUGCAUCUGAACCAAGCAAGCAAGGAGGGCCUCGGAGGGAAGUGGGAGCUCCCCGCCGAGCCCAAGGGCAGAUCCCACCCCUGUCCUGAGUGCCAGAAAAGCUUUAGCUGCCCUUCUCUCCUGGCUUUGCACAGGAGAAGCCACAAUGGGGAGAAGCCCCACCUGUGCACCAAAUGUGGGAAGGACUUCAGCUGCCUCUCGACCCUGGAUCAGCACUGGUGUCUGCACACAGGGGAGAAGGCAUAUCUGUGCCCUGAGUGCGGGAAGAGCUUCACCCGGUCCUACAGCCUGGCCCAGCACCAGCGCAUCCACACAGGGGAGAAGCCAUAUCAGUGCCAUGGGUGUGGGAAGAGCUUCACCCGGUCCUACCAACUAACCAUACACCAGCGCAUCCACACGGGGGCAAAGCCACAUCAAUGUUCUGUGUGUGGGAAGAGUUUCAUCCACUCCUCCAGCUUGACCAAACACCACCGGAUCCACACAGGGGAAAAGCUACAUCAGUGCUCUGAAUGUGGGAAGAGCUUCACCCACUCUAGCCUGGCCCAGCACCAGCGCAUCCACACAGGGAACAAGCCACAUGAGGUCUGUGAGUAUGUAAGUGCUUCAGCCACUCCUCCAACCUGGCCAGACACCAGCAUAUCCACACAGGAGAGAAGCCAGGUCAGUUCUCUGAGUAUGGGAAGAGCUUCACCUAGUGCUCCAACUUGGCCCAGCACUAGCGCAUCUACGCAGGGGAGAAGUCCCAUUAGUGCUCUGUGUAUAGGAAGAGCUUUACUCACUUCUUCAGCCUGGCGAAUCACCAGCAUAAGUACACAGGAGCAGAGCCACAAAAACGCUGCAAGUGUGGGAAGAGUUUCAUCCAGUCCUUCCACCUUGCCCAGCACCAGCGCAUCCACACAGGGGAGGAGCCACAUUAUUGUUCUGUAUGGGGGAAGAGAUUCAAAAAGUCUUCCAUCCUGAGGCGGCACCAGCACCUCCACAUGACAGAGGGGCCACAUUGCGGAUCUAUGCGUGAGAAUAUUUUCCAGGACUCCUGCACCCUGGCCAAACACCAGUGCAUCCACACUGGGGAGCACCCAUAAUUCUGCCAGCAGUGCAGGGAGGGCUUGGGGAUGCCUGCCUGCUCAGCUCCUGCCUCCUGCUGCUGGAGUGCAGAAAGAUUUCACGCAGCCUUUGGGCCUUGUGGGGCACCCCAGAACUAGAAGGAUCCAGAGGCUGGCUUCCAAGCGUUGAUUGUGGGGGAGGGGCCAAGAGGAAACACUGGGCAGAGGCCAGCCCAGACACUGGGGAAACCUGUAAGGAGACUAUCUUUGUAUCAACUUUGGAGCCUGUGCUUUUGCCAUCGUUCUAAAAGCAGCCAGUGUUCCUGGGGCAGAAGCACCUUCCCAGUAGGGUGCCCUCCCCCAGACAGGUGGCUCCAAAUGCCUCUAGGACCUGUCCUUGGCCCUCCUGUGCCCACUGGGGCCUGCAAGGAGGUGCUGCUGCCACCCCUCAGCCCAUCUUGGCAUGUUUUGCUUUUCAGUUUCUCUCCAGAGCUCUGCACCCCUGGGUGCCUGCCACUUCUCUGCUUUCCUGCCCUUCGCAGCACUCUGUAAUGCAGCCUGUGGUCAGAAAGCUGCAGCACUGAACACUAUAUCCCUGUGUCUGGUCUCCUAACCCUCUCCAGAGCUGUGAGAUGGGAACCAAUCAAGGCCCAGAACCUUUCCAGGGCAGAUCUCCCUGUGAAUUCCCAGCCCUUUCCCUUUGAGGAUUCACCAUGGUCCAAGGAUUGUUGUAAACACUUCGGCGCAGAAGUUGGUCACGCUCAAGGCCUCUUUCCCCUGUGUACUACUGUGCAGCAAGGCCCCUGCCCUUUGGAAGAAGCCUGUGGCCUGGGGCCAGUAGAGUGCCUUUUCUGGAGGAAGGAGGGGCAGCCUGAGGCAGGUCCUGCCUCCUGGUGAAGGGCCCGGAGUAUGAGGACAUCCUGAGUGAAUAUAUGGUUUUCAUACGACUGGGAGCCACCCAGAGCUCAAGUUGCCUCUGUCUCCUCACUAGAGAGUGCAGGGCAGACACACAUGGGUGCAAGCACACGCUAGACUCACUGGUCCCAUUUCUCCUUCUGGUCCAGGAAAGCCUGCUGUCUCUUGUCCAGAGCCAAACGUUAGCAGGGCUGCAUCCCCUGCAGGGAGCAAUAACUCCUGAAAGGAAUCCUAGAAAGUUGGGGUUGGGAGGGACCUCGGGAGGUCACAUCUAGUCCAGCCCCCUGCUCCAAGCAGGACCAGCCCCAACUACAUCAUCCCAACCUGCUUAGACAAAACCUUGGCUU